GCAUUCAUCUAUGAAAGCUUCUCCAAAUAUCAGUGGUUUGUAUUGUAUAUAAGCACCAAACCAACGGAAGGAUAUUUCUAUUUGUGGGGGCUCCUUUGCUUCUUUUCUAGCUGUUUUCUUCUUCUUACUCUCUAAUUUUACUUCUAGCUCAACAUUUCCUCAUGCCACAGCACCAAGUGACUUUAAUGGAACCAGUUCUGAGCUACAACAACAGCAGCAAUGGCAAUGGAAACAACAUUGAGUAUGAUAUCAUUAGCUGGUUUGAAUAUGUGUCUCAGAACGCAGGUUCUAUUCAGAGUCAAAUACUGAGCCUUAUUCUGAAGCAGAACAAUGGUGUGGAAUAUCUGAAGAAAUGGUUGGGGAACUACAACAUCCAAGAGAUGGAAGCAUGUGCAUUGGAAUCUCUUUUCACUUCUGUGGUUCCUCUUGCCUCACAUGCUGAUUUUGAGCCAUUUAUCCAAAGGAUUGCAGAUGGCGACACUGCUCCUUUACUCACUCAACAACCCAUAACCACUCUUUCCUUAAGUUCUGGAACAACUGAGGGAAGGCAGAAAUUUGUACCCUUUACCCGCCACAGUGCUCAAACCACUCUUCAAAUAUUCACUUUAGCAUCAGCCUAUAGAUCAAGGGUUUACCCCGUAAGGGAAGGAGGGAAGGUUCUUGAAUUCAUAUACAGCAGCAACACAUUCAAAACAAAAGGAGGUUUAACAGUAGGGACCGCCACAACACACUGCUAUGCUAGUGAAGAAUUCAGAAAUAACAAACAACAUAAAAAGCUAUAUGGUUGCAGCCCUGAAGAAGUAAUUUUUGGUGGAGACUACAAGCAAUCUACAUAUUGCCACCUCCUUCUAGGCCUCUUCUUCUCUGACCAAGUUCAGUUCAUGACCUCAGCUUUUGUCUACAGCAUGGUGCAAGCAUUCACCACCUUGGAAGAACUCUGGAAAGAAAUAUGCAAUGACAUCAGAGAUGGCACUUUGAGUCCAAGAAUCAAAUUACCCAAAAUGAGAGGGGCUGUUUUGGAAAUUAUUUCUCCCAAUCCAUGUUUGGCUUCAAAAUUGGAAGCCAUUUGUCAUGAGCUAGAAAAUGUGGAUUGGUUUGGUUUGAUUCCUAAAUUGUGGCCAAAUGUUAAGUACUUGUAUUCCAUUAUGACAGGGUCUAUGCAACCAUAUUUGACAAAGCUUAGGCAUUAUGCAAAUGGGUUGCCUUUGAUUAGUGCUGAAUAUGGGUCUACUGAGAGCUGGAUUGGGGUUAAUGUGGAUCCUGGUUUGCCUCCUGAGGAGGUGACAUUUGCUGUUGUGCCCACAUUUUCUUACUUUGAGUUCAUACCACUUCAAAGACAUAAAGAAGAUAGUGGUUCGGUUGGAGAAGAUUUCAUUGAAGGCAAACCAAUUCCACUGUCUCAGAUUGAAGUUGGACAACAGUACGAAAUAGUCCUCACAACUUUCACAGGACUAUACAGGUGCAGAUUGGGAGAUGUGGUGGAAGUAUCCGGGUUCCACCAGGGGACCCCAAAAUUGAACUUCAUAUGCAGGAGGAAGCUAAUUCUGACCGUGAACAUAGACAAGAACACAGAGAAGGACCUCCAACUAGUGGUGGAGAAAGGGUGUCAGCUCCUGAUGAAUAAAGCAAAUAAAGCUGAGCUUGUUGAUUUCACAAGCUAUGCAGACAUCACAACCAGACCAGGGCACUAUGUAAUUUACUGGGAGGUCAAAGGAGAGGUUGAGGACAAUGUCCUUGACGCGUGUUGCAAGGAAAUGGACAUGUCAUUUGCUGAUCAUGGCUACGUGGUGUCCAGAAAGACCAAUUCAAUUGGCCCCCUUGAGCUUUGCAUUGUGGAGAGAGGGACUUUCAAGAAGAUAUUGGACAAUUUUAUAGCGAAUGGAGCUGCAUUGAACCAGUUCAAAACUCCUAGGUGCACUAACAAUAAUGUCCUACUCAAAAUUCUUGAUGCUUGCACCAUCAAGAGGAUUUUCAGUAGAGCUUACACCAGUUCAGAUUAGCAAUAACAUAGAGAACAACGAGUUUUAAUUUCCAUUAUUAAAGAAAUUAAGUACACUUAACAAAAAAAUAUGUGUUGUAAUGAAUGUACUUUUUGGGGAACGAUAUUCGCAAGAGUUUUUUUGAGUU